AUGGCGAAGAAGCAGCAGGAGAGCAAACCGAAGUCGACCAGAGACAUGAGAAAGGAGCUGGAGGAAAAGGCGUUUGGGCUGAAGAACAAGAAGCAGAAGGCAGCCAUUCUGAAGCAGAUUGAAACCCUUAAUCUCAAGGAGCAGCUUGAGAAGAAGGAAAAGAUGAGGAUGGAGGAGAAAAGGAAUGUGCCUGUCAAGCAGGUGAUUCCCGUGGGGGUAGAUCCCAAGACAGUCCAAUGCAUCAACUUUCUGAACAAGACGUGUGCAGAUGGAGAUGCAUGUAAGUUUGCACAUGGAGAGGCCAGGAAGACAGAGAAGCCAAAGGAAGAGGAUGUGCCCUUGGGGCCCAAGCGCAUAUGCCAGUUCCUCAUUGAUGCCAUGAACUCUGGGGAGUACAACGACGGCUGGACAUGCCCGUUCCCGAGAUGCAGCGACAUCCACAAGCUGGUGGACAUCAAGGACAGCACUCAGGUCGAGCUAAGUAUUGAGGAGUACAUCGAGCUGUCCAGGCAGUCUCUGCCAGAGAAGCUUACACCUCUGACUGAAGAGACGUUCAAGGAGUGGAAGCUCAGGAAGCAGAAGGAGGAGAAGGAACAUGCCAGGAAGGUCAAGGCACUCGCAACGGGAACAAAGGGGGUGGAGCUGUUUGAGACAAGAAGAGAUCUAUUCAAAGACGAUGAGGAGGCUGGAGAGCUAGACUACACAGAGAGAUGCUAUUCGGAGUCGGAGGAUGAGGAAGGCCAUUCCAAAUAA